AUGGCUCCAACAGAGAACACGAAACAACGUGCGGGCUGGCAGCUGCUGAGGCGAAAGGCCAAUUCCAAGAGGCCCCAUGCCGUGGCAGACGCCUCGGAAGGCUUGAGCCCGAAGCGUAGCGGAGCAACACUGCGCAAUCCAUUCUCGCGUCGAAAACAUCUGACGCCGGAGGCUUCUGGACUUUCAGAAGAGCAAACACCCACACCCGAGGGUGGUUCGGGGGUAACCAAAGGGAAGUCGCGUGCGUCAUCGCCGACAGGCCGCCAGCGGUCAUUCCGCGCAGGCCCAGAGUAUGCAACGAUCUCAGAGUCUCAGGAGGUAGCCGGACGGAGUCCACCUGCUGCCACAAUACAAGCCAAAGCCGUAGAUGCUAAGGCAUCGAAGUCAAAACCAGGCCGGCAGUUUGUUGGCCUUCGGGUAGCUCUUUUCUGGAAGCGGCAACCAAUAGAUGAUCUCAAGGAAUUGAGUGUCACUAUACAGACAACCGGGCGUGUGAUUCGGGCACAAGAAUGGGAUCCCAAACAUAAGUCGUCCGCUCUGAGUAUAGGAAAGAUGGCGGACGCAGAGCUUAGCCCUGAGACGAAGCAGUUGCUUGAGACUGGCGCUGAGGAGUUCCACGAGUUCAAGAGGGAAGAGGAGGAGAAACAAAUGCGGGAAGAGGAAGAGCGGGAAGAGCUAGCGAGGAUUGAAGAGGAAAUGGAAGUUGUUGAUACCAGAGUGGUUCAGCAAGGACCAAUGCUCAGACGAGUCCAGCGUCUUCGACCUGUCGCAUCAAGGACGACGCUGGGCACACUUGAUCCACGCGUCUCGGAGUCCACGUCGAUGAGUGCCACCGAUGGCAGUAUCCAAGCAGGUGCCUCUUCCACCUCAAGCAUAGCAGCUAGUCGAGCAACAGAGGCGGGGCCUUCUUCACGCCCUUCGAUUAGCGGCCCAGUCAUGGAACGAGGGCCUGGGUUCAAGCGUCCCUCUCGCAUGGAAGAACGGCGAUGCAAGCCUGCACCAGAGAAUGCAGACUCAGGCUCCUUCUCAGCCAUGUCGUCGUGGAAUGCUUCUCGUCUCGCCGAGAUGGGCUUAUCGAUUGGCAACGCGGAUUCCUCUUCGUCUACUUUCGCAAAGCUGUCGGAGUAG